CCUCGCCCCCAAACACUCUGGCAGAGCAGCGCACACACGCAGCCGGGUUCGGAGUUCGCGGUGACGUCACUGCUGUCUUGUUGCUCAGCUGAUUGCAGCCCCGGUAAACACCGUCCGUGACCGCGGAGAAGCCGGCGAUGGAGGCGGGCUCCCUGCCGUGCAGCGCCUGAGCGUCCUCUCCUUCCUGCCGCCGAUGAGGCGAGGGCAGAGAGACUUGCAUCCUUGAAGACUGGCAAAAUGUGGCUGAAGCUAUUUCUCCUCCUCCUCUACUUUCUCAUCCUCUUUGUCCUGGCAAGGUUCUUUGAGACCAUUGUGUGGUAUGAGACGGGUAUUUUCGCCAGCCAACUUGUAGACCCAGUGACGUUAAGCUUUCACCAGCUGAAGACCGUCUUGGAAUGUCGUGGACUGGGAUACUCUGGGCUUCCGGAGAAGAGAGAUGUCCGGGAACUGGUGGAGAAAUCAGGAGAUCUUAUGGAAGGCGAGUUGUACUCUGCCUUAAAGGAAGAAGAGGCCUCCGAAGCCGGAUCCAGCACAAACUUCAGUGGAGAAAUGCACUUUUACGAGCUGGUGGAGGACACAAAGGAUGGCAUCUGGCUGGUGCAGGUGGUUGCAAAUGACCGGAGUCCUCUUGUAAAUAAGGUCCACUGGGAGAAGAUGGUGAAAAAAGUGACAAAAUUUGGCAUUCGGACAGGAACAUUUAACUGCUCAAGUGAUCCCAGAUAUUGCAGGAAAAGAGGAUGGGUGAGAUCAACCCUUAUUAUGUCCGUGCCCCAAACCAACACCUCCAAGGGAAAAGUCAUGCUUAAAGAGUACAGUGGACGUAAAAUCGAGACGGAGCACAUUUUCAAGUGGAUUACUGCCCACGCUGCUUCACGCAUCAAGACCAUCUACAAUUCAGAACAUCUGAAGGAGGAGUGGAACAGAAGCGACCAGUAUAAAGUCAAGCUGUACCUGUUUGCAAAUCUCGAUCAGCCUCCAGCUUUUUUCUCUGCACUGAGUAUAAAGUUUACUGGAAGAGUAGAAUUCAUAUUUGUCAAUGUCGGAAAUUGGGACAAUACAAGUUACACAGAUGAAAUCGGCAUAUCAAGAACACCAUCUUACGUUUUAAAAACUCCAGAGGGAAUAUACAAAUAUGGGAACAAUACAGGGGAAUAUGUCUCCCUAAGAGCCAUGGAUUCCUUUCUGCGCACGUUGCAACCAGAAGUUAAUGACUUGUUUGUACUCAGUUUAGUUCUGGUGAACUUAAUGGCUUGGAUGGACUUAUUUAUUACUCAAGGAGCCACCAUAAAAAGAUUUGUGGUUCUGAUCAGCACUUUAGGGACUUACAAUUCCUUGCUCAUUAUAUCCUGGUUACCAGUUUUGGGUUUCCUCCAGCUUCCUUACCUGGAUAGCUUUUAUGAGUACAGUCUGAAACUACUUCGGUACUCAAAUACCACCACUUUAGCUUCCUGGGUUAGAGCCGACUGGAUGUUCUAUUCUUCUCAUCCUGCUCUUUUUUUAGGCACUUAUCUUGGUCAUGGGUUGCUCAUCGAUUACUUUGAAAAGAAGAGACGGAGCAACAACAAUGCCGACGAAGCGAACGCUAAUAAUCUUGAGUGGUUGUCCAGCCUCUGGGAUUGGUACACCAGUUACUUGUUCCACCCAAUUGCUUCUUUUCAUCACUUCCCCAACAACUCCGAUUGGGAUGAAGAUCCAGAAUUUUUUCUUGAGCGCUUAGCCUUUCCAGAUUUAUGGCUUCAUCCUCUGAUACCCACAGAUUACAUAAAAAAUCUACCAACCUGGCAAUUUCAUUGUCACAGCCAUCACGUAGAAGACGACCUCUCGGAAAGUUCACAAGAAAGUGACAGUGACUGUGAAAGUGAACAGUGUAAAAGUGCGAGGAAUCAUCCCCUUAGUUGCACAGGAAAGCCAAUAUUAGAAUCUGCUGACCAGACUUGCUCAUGCGAAGAGGCACAAGGUGGUUCGUGUGGAAAAAACGUUAGUUCUUCCACUAAGGACAGCUUAGAACCAGAUUGGUCCACGUGGCCCGAGAACAUGUUGCACUGUACAGAAUGCGUUGUGUGUCUGGAAAAUUUUGAAAAUGGUUCUCUGCUUAUGGGUCUACCAUGUGGUCAUGUGUUCCACCAAAAUUGCAUUGUGAUGUGGUUGGAAGGAGGUAGACAUUGCUGCCCGGUUUGUCGAUGGGCAUCCUACAAAAAGAAACAUUUCACUCACCAGUCAUCUUUGUCAAGUGCUGCUCACUCUUAGCAUCUGUCUGGACGCUUCCUGGCCUGUAACUGCUUGUAUCUGUGGUUUGAUGUCAUGUUUUCAGUCUUAGUACAGUGGACUAAUGCACAUUACCUUACUGUCAUGAUUAAUUUUCUUGCCUUGCGUGUUACGUGUAAAUGCAUAUGUAAGCAACGAGAGAAAAAUAUUUUUAUGAUUUUCACAAAUUAUAUUCCUAUUUCAGUGUAUUUUUAAAAACAAAAAAUUGUCUGCCAAAUUGUAGGAAGAAGAAAAUUCUGUUGAUUUCUUUUCGACUGCUUUCAUUUCUGCCUUCCUCGCCCAGUGUUUCAUACGUUUGUGAAGGCACAUAAUGAAAGUCUGAACCUUUCACUUAAGUGUUAUGAUUUUUUUUUUUUCUUUUUAAUAAAAAUAUUACAGAGUCUUCUGUUCUGGUUUUCAAAGGAGAACAAACAGUGUAACUUAU